UGCUCUAACAUACACUGGAAAUCAGGCUUCCUCUCUCUCUUUCUUUCUCUCUCUCUCACACAGAUUGGAAAUCAGGCUUCCUUUCUUGCUUCUUUCGAUCUCACACAACAAUGGCGGACACGAAGGUGGAGACAAUAGCAAGGCUGGCGCAGUGGAAAAUCGAGAGUUUCGGGCCAAGCAGCCCGUACAAAAGAUCCGACCCGUUCAAAAUUGGCAUUUGGAACUGGUAUCUGCAUUUAUCAGUGGAGAAGAACCGCGCCUUUUACAUCAGGCUUUUCCCCGAGCCGUCUCGGGUUUCCAAGGAGCAGCCGCCGCAUGCUCGCUUCGUCAUUCGUGUUUCCACCUCCCCCUCCAAUCGCAGACCCUACGUUUCUCCCAUUCAUGAGAGACUACUUCGUUCUAGUGAUGACUUUGCUUGCCCUAUCGAUAUUAACUUCCAAGGACGUUUUGUCAUUGAUGUUGAGUUUCUGGACCUUAAGAUCUGCCCUAUAAAUGGUGGAGAAGGCAGUUCUGUAUGGCCCAGUGAUGGCGUGAUGCAAAGCCAAGCAAGCCAAAACACUCUCAGAUGUCUCAGUCGCAUGCUUGAUGAUUCGAUACAUGCAGACGUCACCAUCAACUCAUCCGAUGGAUCUCUACAAGCUCACAAAGCUAUUCUAUCUGCUAGUUCUCCAGUCUUUUUGAGCAUGUUCCAGCAUGAUCUCAAGGAGAAAAAGUCUUCAACAAUCGACAUUGAAGAUAUGACAUGUGAAUCCUGCACUGCCCUUCUCAGUUAUCUGUAUGGGACGAUAAGCCAGGAAGAUUUCUGGAAGCACCGGCUAGCAUUGCUGAGCGCAGCAAACAAGUACGACAUCGUUGACUUGAAGGAUACAUGUGAAGAGAGCCUGCUAGAGGAUAUCAACUCGGGAAACGUGCUCGCAAGACUACAAGAAGCUUGGCUCUACCAGCUUGAUAAACUGAAGAAGGCGUGCUUGAUGUACUUGCUUGAUUUUGGCAAGAUAUAUGAUGUGGGAGAAGAUAUGAAUGAUUUCUUCAGGCAUGCACACAGAGAUCUAGUUGUAGAGAUGUUCCAAGAGUUAAUUGCAGUUUGGAAACCAACAUAAAAAUUUAUUAUCGUAAGUAAUAUUACUACUCUCAAUAAAGUAUGAGAAGAGAAUGAUUCAUUUCUUUCAUGUUGGAUGUUUUCUUAAUCGGGAUUUGUUUUGCCCAAUUAUCUAUUUUCUUAA